AUGGGAUUUUCGAAAAAGCCAACUAGUCAUCAUCCAAUGGAUGGAAAUAUAAAAGAGUCAGAAAGCAAAGGAUGGAUCAUUGCAGGAAUUACAUUAAGGAGUCCAUUGAAGCCCAUAUUCACAACCAAGAAUAAGAACAAACAUGUUGAAGAAGAAGAAGAAGAAGAAGAAGAGUUUUCGACUACUCCAACGUACGAAGAAUCAAGGUUAUCAUCAAAAAAGUUAAUAUGUCCACCUGCUCCUAAGAAGAGAAAAACUUCUUCAAGGUGUAACUAUACUAGGGAAUUCUUUCAACCCCCACGAGACUUGGAGUCUGUUUUUAUACGCAGAGUUGAAUUUUGA